AUGAGCGUACUGCGCCACAACCGCCGCCGCAAACAUCACCUUCGCCAUCACUACCAUUGGUUACCAACCUUGAUCACCACCUUCACUUUGCUCUUGUUCUCUUCCGCUUCAGCCAUAACUACUCUCGCACCACAACCCAGUGGUGGAGCAGUGAAGCACCCUCACAGGGAAGAGAAAGAAAAUGGGUUACCGGCGGAGCCGUUGGACAGAGGUGUGGCUGAUCAGAAGAGGUUCGGCGGACCAGGGUCGUCGCCGCCAUCGUGCAGAUCCAAGUGCGGUUGGUGCAGUCCUUGUCAACCGGUUCACGUUCCGGUCAAACCGGGUUUGAUCAUACGCCUUGAAUACUACCCUGAAGCGUGGCGUUGCAAGUGUGGGAACAAGCUUUUUAUGCCUUGA